CUCUCCAAUUCUGCCACAACAUCACACAGGUCCCAUGUUAUCGCCCUUUCGCGCCUUUUCCCGACAGUGUUCGCACUCCAGGGCCUGCUUUUCUCCUGUAUCUAGAUUCUUUCAUUCGCCAUUACAGAAUGACCAGAAGAAGUUGUCAACUAUCCUCGAUGAGCUCUCUGAGCCAAGCGCGUCUGCAGCAAGCAACCCGAAUGCACCAUGGAUGCAGCAAGGCGUACGCAGAAGGUUCGACCAUAAACUGUUUAUAAGACCUCAUUACUUUUCGCAUGAUCACCGGUUCAAAGGUCCUCCGCCAUUUUCGAAACGACCUCUCAUUGGUCCUGGUAAAAAACAAGCGAAGCAACAGGACGUCUUUUACCGUUUGGGUGUCGAUCCUCUACAAGAGGCUUCUAAUGAUGUCCUCAUGAGCUCUUUUGUCACCGAAAUGGGAAAAAUAAAGCACCGCGCUGAAACUGGUCUGACCACAAAAAGCCAGCGCAGGUUAGGCAAAGCCAUCCGUCGAGCGAAGAUGAUGGGCGUCAUACCCGUACUCAGUAGUGCAAGGCUUCCUUGGAAUUAACAUCAAUCAUUACUCCACUCUUGCCUAUUUAUCCGCAUCUACUCUUGCUGAUCUACCAGUACCUUUUCGCUCACCUGUUGCCUUAAUCAAUUUAUGCAACCGGCACUGAGCGACAAGUCAAUUUCCUUCUCGGCUGUCUUGGCGGAUGCGGCCCCACAGUCUUUUGUCUGCCGCUGGAAACAAAAGACACGUGGCUGAUCUUUCGCUCGCCAUUUUCGCUUGCGGUGGUAGGAUGGCCCGUGCCUGACGGCGGAAUUUAUACUCGUGCCAGACUGGUGAGGAGUUCACACUGGAAUUGUACCGCGUCUAUGAGUCUAUACUCUGCUUUGACAACGGCUAGUUGUGCUAGCGACGUCCAAGGCGUGCGGAUUACUUGUCAUUAUGACACUGUCUUCGUGGUUUACUGUGACAAAAUGACGGAAGGCCAGCCGUAGAUACCCGCACUACGUGAUCAGCU